GAUUCUCAGCAUUCGGCUCGCCAUAAAUCGCUAACCUGCUUUGUUGUCAGUCUAGAUAUUUAUUUUUGCCAAGAUAAAUGCUGCUUGCAAUAGAUUAUGUAGCCAACAUAGUUUGUUCCUUCUAAUUUCAUAUGAAAGUAAGAACCGUUAUUAUUGAUGUUCUGACUGCAUCUAUUUUUCUGGGAUGAUUGUUUGAGCCUCGCCCCGCAGUGAUACAGCAUUUUUGGACAGCAAAAUACCAUCAAAAUAAGUGGAAGAUGUCAGACAAAAGUGACUUAAAAGCGGAGUUAGAGCGCAAGAAACAGCGCCUGGCCCAGAUCCGCAGGGACAAGAAACUAAAGGAGGAGGAAAGGAAAAAGAAGGAGUCAGAGAUGCAGCAGAAGACGGAGACUGUUCCGGAAGAUUCUGAUUUGGACCGCAAGCGAAGAGAGACUGAAGCUCUACUACAGAGUAUUGGGAUCUCCCCAGAGCCCCCUCUAGUCCCAACCCCUAUGUCUCCUUCUUCGAAAUCAGUGAGCACGGCCAGUGAAGCCGGCAGCCAGGAAUCAGUGGACGGGGGGACAGUCGGAAGGACCCUACAGUGGGACACUGACCCCUCUGUUCUCCAGCUGCAGGCUGACUCUGAGCUCGGCCGCAGGAUGCAUAGACUGGGGGCCUCUAAAAUCACACAGGUGGACUUCCUGCCCAAAGAGGUAGUGUCAUACUCCAAGGAGACCCAGACUCCACUGGCAGCUCAUCAGUCUGAAGAGGAAGAAGAGGAUGAAGAAAUCACUGAACCUAAACCUGGUCCAGAGAUUGAUCAGCAGGAGGAAGAGGAGAAUCGAGAGACCAAAGAAAUCCACCCGAGGGAGCUCACAGAAGAAGAGAAGCAGCAGGUUCUUCACUCUGAGGAAUUCCUCAUCUUCUUCGACCGCACCAUCCGCGUGGUGGAGCGUGCGUUGGCGGAGGAGUCCAAUAUCUUCUUUGACUACAGUGGCCGUGAUCUGGAAGACAAGGAAGGUGAUGUUCAGGCUGGAUCAAAUUUAUCCUUCAACCGCGUGUUCUACGAUGAGCACUGGUCCAAACAUCGAGUAGUCACUUGUUUGGACUGGUCUCCGCAGUACCCUGAAUUGAUGGUGGCCUCUUACAACAACAAUGAGGAUGCCCCACAUGAACCAGAUGGGGUUGCACUUGUGUGGAACAUGAAAUUCAAAAAGACCACGCCCGAAUAUAUCUUCCACUGUCAGUCCUCGGUGAUGUCAGUUGGCUUUGCCCGAUUUCACCCCAACCUGGUUGUGGGGGGUACUUACUCGGGGCAGAUUGUGCUUUGGGAUAACCGCAGUCACAGAAGAACACCGGUGCAGAGGACACCACUGUCUGCUGCUGCGCACACACACCCUGUUUAUUGUGUGAAUGUUGUGGGGACUCAGAAUGCCAACAACCUGAUCACUGUGUCCACUGAUGGGAAGAUGUGUUCCUGGAGUCUGGACAUGCUAUCACAGCCACAGGAGAGCAUGGAGCUGGUGUACAAUAAGUCCAAACCAGUGGCGGUCACAGGCAUGGACUUCCCCACUGGAGAUGUGAACAAUUACGUGGUGGGGAGUGAGGAGGGGAUGGUGUACACGGCAUCUCGUCAUGGCAGUAAGGCUGGCAUAGGGGAGAUGUUUGAGGGGCACCAGGGGCCCGUCACCGGCAUCAGCUGUCACAAUGCAGUCGGCCCAAUUGACUUCUCCCACCUUUUUGUCACCUCAUCUUUUGACUGGACUGUCAAACUGUGGUCCACCAAGCACAAUAAGCCGCUGUACUCCUUCGAGGACAAUGCUGACUAUGUGUACGAUGUGAUGUGGUCUCCCGUGCACCCUGCGCUGUUUGCCGCUGUCGAUGGGAUGGGUCGAUUGGAUCUGUGGAACCUGAUCAAUGACACAGAGGUUCCCAGUGCGAGUGUGACCAUUGAGGGUGCGUCUGCCCUGAACCGAGUGAGGUGGGGGUCAGGGGGCAGAGAGGUGGCAGUGGGCGACUCUGAGGGACGUGUCUGGAUCUAUGACGUUGGAGAGCUGGCUGUGUCCCACACUGAGGACUGGACUCGCUUUGCUCGCACUCUGGUGGAGAUCCGUGCCAACCGGGGGGAUGGGGAGGAAGAGGGUCCCAUGGAACUGCCAGCAUAAAGCACAGCAGUGCCACUGAUCCAGCGACAGGGCUCCCUGCUUUCAUUACUGCACUAGAAAAGGGCCCGCACUGGCAGCGGCACACAGGCUCACACACACACUUACACUGUAGAUUCCCAGUCUUGACCUCUACUGUAAUCCAAGCAUGCAUGAAAGUGUUUUCUUGUGUUUGUUUCAUAAACAAAUAUCGUGGCCAAAUGUUCUGUUGCAUUAGCUCUAAAAUGGCAGUUUAUUCUGUUGUCUGAGCUUGUAUUGCACUGUACAGUAGAUUAUGGCUUUAUUUAAUGCCUGGAAAUGUAUGGUGAAAUAUUAACAGGUUGUGCAGCUGCUAGGAAAAUCAUGUUCGGCUUUCAAUGACAAAUGUGCAAAUGGGUUGCUUGCCCAGUGUAGAAGAGAGAGCCAGAAGUGAUUAGCACUAGUAUCUCACUUAUGGCAUGCUUGUAAAGUGUAUAUCUGUUCAUGUACUUAACUCCUGCAGCUUGCUGCAUAAAAAACUGUGAAAUAACUGAAAAUGUUGUUGUGCGAGAUAGAUGUUGCAGACUUUGCUCUCAUGUGAAUGUUAAUAAGGUGAAAAUUAAAUUAAAUUGUGAUUAACCUGUUACAGUAUAUAUAUUCAUGUUUUCAGUGGGCUGCAGUUGAGUAUAUUGUUUUGAACAUUAGAUAAUAUACGACUAAAGCUUAUGUUUGAAAUGAAGUUUCAGUAUAUAGUAUUUCAAUUGAGAUAUGGUCAAUAUACUGUAAUGUGCCUAUUAAACUUUUACCUGUAUACACACUA